AUGGCUGCUUCUUUUCCCGUCAAUACAGAACCACCCCUGCAUUCUCCCAUCGAGUACAGAGCUAAUGGCGAGAUCAGUCGAAUGCGAAGCCACAAAGGUCUGUGCCAUCCACCUGAAAACUCGAGUCCUGACCGACCCCCGAAUCCACUUGAUGAAGGAAACAUGCCCUCAUUGCCGCAGAACAAGUUCUGUUCGUUAUGUCCGGCAAAAUUCACGAGAACAACACAUCUGAACAGGCACCUCCGCUCCCACACAAAUGAGCGGUCUCAUAAAUGCGAUGCUUGCAGUGCCGAAUUUACGCGGAGCGACCUUCUUACCAGACACAAACGAACCUGCGGUGACUCACGCAACUCCCACAAGUCUCGAAGAAAGUCAUGUCAGUCUUGUGCCGAGUCGAAGGUGAAGUGCAACCUCCAGUUUCCGUGCUCGAAGUGCGUAGCUCGAGGGAGGGAGUGCGUCUUUAUCAACGACCCAGAAACAUCUCGCAGUCGAAAGGGGUCCAAGCGCUCCCCUUCGACCGCAUCGCGGCCAGGAAUUCGCAUCGACCCUGAAUCGACCUAUCUCAGAGACUCGACAUCUCCGCUGUACUCACAGCCGCAAACAUCCUCCCUCCCAUCACCUCAGUCGCCGUACACGAUGGUAUACCCUUCACCAAUCAUGUCAUCUCCCAUCCACCCAUCUCCGGUGUCUACCAAUCAACCGGAAACCAAUAUCCCAUUUGGACGGCCCAGUCUAUGUUACUCCUCGAGCUCCUCCGCGUCCUCCUCGCGUUCCUCCUCUCGUUUGGAGCCAUUCGAUCUCAUUCCCAAUUUGGCGAAUUUGAAUUUUGAAGUGGACCUCACCGAAUCGCACUCUAGAAUCAUCGACGAUUUCUUCCCACUUCAAACUCACGGUCACCGCCCAGAUCAUGGGACGACGAGCCCCUACCUAAACGCAUUCGAUCCCUGCUCCAAUGUGUCUGAAGAGAGAACAAGGGCGGACCUUGCUUCAGGGAACGGCGGAGACCUGUGUUCCGGAAUAGGAAAUGACGAAUCCUUUUCGUAUCACCAGCCCGUUCACGUCCCUCCGCCGAACAUCUCGCGAGGAACACCAACCCUGUCCUCACCUUCCUUCUCAGACUCGUCUUCCCAUGUUCCUCGCAACUUCCAAUCGGCAUCUGUUAUCGAUCACAACGCCAACAAUACAGUCUUCAGCGACUCCUCGGCAUCUCCUCAUGUUUCCGAGCCGAAAUCCGAGGAGUUAGACCACUAUCUGGAUAUGUUUUUUACAGAGUUUUGCGUGCAGUUACCGCUGGUGCAUCGGCCGACAUGGACUAUGGCUGGAAAGCAUCCCAUGCUUGUCAGCGCUAUGCACGUUUGCGGCGCGAUCUUCGUCAGAUCAGAAAACGCACUCAACUUUGUGAGAAAGACUUUGGUGUUUCUGAGGGAUAACCUCAUAUCAGAGUUUUCCAGAUCGGACUGCUCGUUGAAAGAUCGAUUCUCUCUGAUUGUCGCGGUUGUGCUUCUCCAAUCUCUUGGUUUGCUGUGGCGGCAGCCUGACCAAAGCUCGACGACCAAGGCUUUCCAUGGGGUCCUAAUCACGAUGAUACGCAAGCUUGGCCUGAUCAAGAUUUUGGGCGCUUGGACGCCGCCCGAUUUGAGCAAUCCGUACACGCUUGACACUGCAUGGCGGGAAUGGGCGAGAUACGAGACAUUAAAGCGGGUUGUCCUCCUUGCUUACGUUCAAGACUGCUCCGACGCCGUCUUUUUCUCCAUCGCUCCGCUCCUCCAUCCUUCCGAAAUGGAAAUCAAAUUACCCUGUGACGAAAGUCUUUGGAGUGCUGAAGAUCCCAAAGGAUGGUACCAAGCAUUGCACACGCCUUCUGUGUAUGGCGCUGGUCCGAGACGACUGGCUUCGAUCAGCAUGCAGCAAGCGAUUGCGUCGCUCGACGUCUCCGUUCCUCCCGAAGUUCAAACACAGCUCAAUCCCUUUUCCCACCUUAUCCUCAUCCAUACCAUUCUACGCAACGUGUUCCAUCCCGCGACCUCUAUGUCUCGUACCUCUCACAACGGCUCUCCUCCGUCUUCGAACACGGUCCCCGUCGAGUACAUCCUCCACAACUGGCUGCAAAUGUGGACGCACAAUUCCGAGGGGUUGAUAUCUGAUCGCCAUCACCGAGACGCCAACGCCUCCUCGUCGCCCCCGUUACACUCCUUCCCUACAACGUCCUCAACGACAGCCACGACACCCUUCGUCUCCUCAUCCAUGCCCCUCUACUGGCUCGCUCAUUACUCCAACGUUGCCAUCAAGGAGGGGUUGCUGGAUCUGCGACCUGUCGACUCGGAUGGAGACGCGCAGGAACGAUGUAGGCUGAUCUCCUCGUGGCUGAACCAUAUCAACGAGUAUCUGGAUAAAGGGUACCAGCUACCGUCUAGGGUUCAAGACUUUGGAGGGGGAAACGGGGUGAGAUUCGGGGAGUCCUCGAUGGCGCGUCACGGCGGACAGGACUAUUACCAUGAUAGAGGAUCGCCGAAUACGUCACCGAUGGGGUAUCUAUGA